UAUCUGCUCAUGGAAACGACGUCUGAUGACUCCACCCGGACUGGGGGUGGGGACGGUGCACCGCGUGGAGAGCUCGACUGAGAAUUAAAGUGAGUGAACAAAGAGAACUCCCGCAGCCGCCUGCCAGCGCCUUGCAGCUGCAACUGGAGACGUCAGUCAGUCCCGGAAGGCUGUUCGCAUUCGUCUCCCUGAGAAAAGAGCUCAAGUAAAUAAUUGAUGGAGAUUGAUCGAGCCCAGGACAAAGCUUUUCAAAAAACCAGUGCAUCCGAUUUCGAGUGGUUUUGGAAUCUUCUGCCAAGUACAGAAUAUGGGAGUGCAGCAAGGACUUUGAACGUGGCUACCAGUCUUCCAUCUCGGGCGUGGCUUUGGCCUUUUUGUCUUCUUGCCACCCCCACCCCCACCCGUGUCUCCGCCUUAUUCGCUUUCUUCUUGAAAGUAGCCUCUCUUUGGUUAGUUCUACUCUGUCCUCCCUUGCAAUCCCGCCCCCUCCCCUGCCCAGUCCAGUGAGGUCAGCUCAUGAAUAUCAUGCACUUCCUGGGGAGCGUCUGGCACGGCGUGGUACCUCCGGUGUUCGCCUGCUCCGAGCCGCAGCUCCAGCUGAGCCGCGGACCGCCGCUCUGGGGCCUCUGCGUCUGCACGUGAACGCCUUUGUUUGGAGAAAUCCAGGGGUUGUGGAACUUGGGUGAGGGAGCCCAAAGUCUUGCUCAGCCCGAAGAUCGCAUAUUCUACUAAUGAAGUUAAACUUUCCUCGUCUCUGAAAGACACAAUAAACCCUGAGGUCCCGGGAAGAUCGGAAGCAAAGCGCUGCUGAUUUGCAUCAACUUGGAAACAUCGCCUCUGCUGAGAAGUGAGAGCAGCUCUGGAUUUCUAGAGGGAUGGGGAUGAGAGAUGGAGUGGAUCAAUUGGCAGAUUAAAUUUGAGAUUAAAAGUCUUUGUUUGGGCCGUUCUGGGGUUGCUUAGCUGACGAUUUCCACGAGGGAAGCCUUGAAGAGACACAGCACCGUGUCCCUGGGAGAAAUACGUGACAGCGACCAGAUUAGAAAGGAAAUUUGGUGGCGGCGAGGAAAAAUGAUGGACCAUUCUAAAUCGCAUCCGGUACAUUCUUCCUAGACAGCCAUGAGUCAGCUACCGACGGGGGGCGCUGCCCCUGCUACCGCCGCAGCUUCUGCCGCCGCUGCUGCCACAGAGGCUCGCCUGCACCCGGAGGGCAGCAGCAGAAAGCAGGCGCGUGCUCAAUCACCCGCUAGACUGAGGGACAAUUCGGUCCGACAGACAACCGCGGCUACCCGAUCCCCGGUGGGGGCAGGCACUAAACUCAGUUCUUUGCGGCAGCAGCAAUUGCAGCAGCAGCAGCAGCAGCAGCAGCAGGGCAGCAAGACCGGGGGCCGCGCGGCGCCUCCUGCCAGCGCCAGAGGAAGCAGAGGCGGGGCGGAGAAGGCGGUGCCCCUGCCUCCCAAAGGGGCCGUGCCGGGAACUGUCCAGCCAUCGGCUGGUGCUGAAGCAGCCCCCGCGGUGACCCUGGCCCCGGUGGGCGGCAGGAGGCCUGGCCCGCCGGAGGAGCCGUCCCAGGAGCUAGAGGCCGUGUCUUCUAAACUGGGGGAACCCCCUCCGCUCGGGGAAGGAGGAGGAGGGGGUGGGGAAGGAGGAGGAGCCGGCGGCGGCUCCGGGGAAAGGGAGGGGGGUGCUCCGCAGCCACCGCCGCCGCCCAAGGGCUGGCGAGGGAAAGGCGUGCGCUCACAGCACAGGGGCGGCAGCGGUGGGGAGGGGGCCUCCACUUCGCCAUCCGCCUCUUCUGCGGGCAAAACCCCAGGCCCUGGCAGCAGAAACUCCGGAAGCGGCGCUGUGGGGGGCGGCAGCGGUGGCGGAGGGAGCUACUGGAAAGAAGGAUGUCUGCAGUCUGAGCUCAUUCAAUUCCACCUCAAGAAGGAGCGGGCGGCAGCGGCAGCAGCCGCGGCUCAGAUGCACACUAAGAACGGCAGCGGCUGCAGCAGCCGCAACUCCCCGGUUUCUGGCGCCUCUGCCAUUUUCGAGCCUCUGGUAGUCCCUUCCGCCUCCCCAAUGGCGGCGGCGGCGGAGGGCCCCCAGCAGAGUGCAGAGGGCAGUGCGAGCAGUGGGGGCAUGCAGGCUGUGGCGCCCCCUUCGUCGCAGCCGCACCCGCAGCAGCUCCAGGAGCAGGAAGAAAUGCAGGAGGAGAUGGAGAAGCUUCGAGAAGAAAACGAGACUCUAAAAAACGAGAUCGAUGAGCUGAGGACGGAGAUGGACGAGAUGAGGGACACUUUCUUCGAGGAGGAUGCCUGUCAACUGCAGGAAAUGCGCCACGAGUUGGAGAGAGCCAACAAAAACUGUCGGAUCCUGCAGUACCGCCUCCGCAAAGCCGAGCGCAAAAGGCUCCGCUACGCGCAGACGGGGGAAAUCGACGGGGAGCUGUUGCGCAGCUUGGAGCAGGACCUCAAGGUUGCAAAGGAUGUAUCUGUGAGACUUCACCAUGAAUUAGAAAAUGUGGAAGAAAAGCGAACAACAACAGAAGAUGAAAAUGAAAAAUUGAGGCAACAGCUUAUAGAAGUUGAGAUUGCAAAGCAAGCUUUACAGAAUGAACUGGAAAAAAUGAAAGAGCUAUCGUUAAAAAGAAGAGGAAGCAAAGAUUUGCCAAAAUCUGAAAAAAAGACUCAACAGACUCCCACAGAGGAGGACAACGAAGAUCUGAAAUGCCAGCUGCAGUUCGUGAAAGAAGAAGCUGCUUUGAUGAGAAAGAAAAUGGCCAAGAUUGAUAAAGAAAAGGACAGAUUCGAACACGAACUCCAGAAGUACAGAUCCUUUUACGGGGAUCUGGACAGUCCUUUGCCCAAAGGAGAAGCCGGGGGCCCUCCCAGCACCAGGGAAGCUGAACUCAAGCUACGGCUGAGGCUGGUGGAGGAAGAAGCCAACAUCCUGGGCAGGAAAAUCGUCGAACUAGAGGUGGAAAACAGAGGCCUGAAGGCGGAACUGGAGGACCUGAGGGGUGAUGACUUCAACGGCUCGGCCAACCCCCUCAUGCGGGAGCAGAGCGAGUCCCUGUCGGAGCUGCGGCAGCACCUGCAGCUGGUGGAGGAUGAGACGGAGCUGCUGCGCAGGAACGUGGCCGACCUGGAGGAGCAGAACAAGCGCAUCACGGCGGAGCUCAACAAGUACAAGUACAAGUCGGGCGGCCACGACAGCACGCGGCACCACGACAGCGCCAAAACCGAGGCCCUGCAGGAGGAGCUGAAGGCAGCGCGCCUGCAGAUCAACGAACUGAGCGGCAAGGUCAUGCAGCUGCAGUACGAGAACCGCGUGCUCAUGUCCAACAUGCAGCGCUACGACCUGGCCUCGCACCUGGGCAUCCGCGGCAGCCCCCGCGACAGCGACGCAGAGAGCGACGCAGGCAAGAAGGAGAGCGAUGACGACUCGCGGCCGCCGCACCGCAAGCGCGAAGGGCCCAUCGGAGGUGAGAGCGACUCGGAGGAGGUGCGCAACAUCCGCUGCCUCACGCCCACCCGCUCCUUCUACCCCGCACCCGGGCCCUGGCCCAAGAGCUUCUCCGACCGCCAGCAGAUGAAGGACAUCCGCUCCGAGGCCGAGCGCCUGGGCAAGACCAUCGACCGGCUCAUCGCCGACACGAGCACCAUCAUCACCGAGGCGCGCAUCUACGUGGCCAACGGGGACCUGUUCGGACUGAUGGACGAGGAGGACGACGGCAGCCGCAUCCGCGAGCACGAGCUGCUCUACCGAAUCAACGCGCAGAUGAAGGCCUUCCGCAAGGAGCUUCAGACCUUCAUCGACCGCCUCGAGGUGCCCAAGUCUGCGGACGACCGCGGCGCCGAGGAGCCCAUAUCCGUGAGUCAGAUGUUCCAGCCUAUCAUUUUACUUAUUCUCAUUCUUGUAUUAUUUUCAUCACUUUCUUACACAACAAUAUUUAAACUUGUCUUCCUUUUUACACUGUUUUUUGUACUGUAAAUCUUUCAUCAUUUACCAUUCAUUGUAGUAUUU